CUUAAAAUACUGCUACAUGUAGGGUGCAUGGGUGAGUCUUAAAAUAUCUCAUCGAUGGUGUAUCCCAACACAAGAUAUGACAUUUAGUGACAAUGCAUCAACAGUGACAUGGUUUACUCUUUCUGGGUUUGAUGAGAUGAUGGAACACAGAGCCACGUUCUUUUCUCUUAGUUUACUGUGUUACUGUGCGAUUAUACUAGUAAAUGUUGCUCUCAUUUUGACGAUAGUCCUGGAUGAAAACCUCCAUGAGCCCAUGUACAUCUUCCUGUGUAACUUGUGCAUCAGUGGACUUUUAGGGACAACAGGAUUCUAUCCCAAGUUCCUUCUAGAUCUACUUUCUCAUCUGCAAGUCAUCUCUUAUGCAAGAUGUCUCAUUCAGUCUUUUGUCAUAUAUUCUUCUUCCUGUGGAGACUUUGUAAUUCUAGCAGUGAUGGCAUAUGACAGGUAUGUGGCAAUCUGUAGACCACUGGAGUAUCACUCUGUUAUGACCAGGCAGAGGGUCGCUUGGUUAGUUUCUUAUCCUUGGCUCUCUACAAUCUGUUUAAUGACUGUUUCCACUAUUUUGACAAGUAAACUGAGGUUGUGUGGAUCACAUUUAGAGAAGCUCUACUGUGCAAACUGGCCCAUUGUUAAACUCUCUUGCACUUCAAUGACAGUAAAUAAUAUAAUGGGGUAUAUUACUAUACUUUUCUAUGUUGGUCAUAUAACAUUCAUUGUGUGUUCCUAUGUAUUUCUUAUCAAGUCUUGUUUGAAGUCCAUUGAAAACAGGGGAAAGUUUAUGCAGACCUGCAUGCCGCAUUUGUUGUCAUUAAUUAAUGUAGCAGUUGCUCUGUUGUUUGAAGUUUUCUACAGUAGAUAUGGUUCAACAGAUGUUUCACAAAACUUUCAGAAUUUCAUGGCAGUACAAUUUUUAGUUAUUCCUCCAAUUUUAAACCCGCUUAUUUAUGGUCUGAAACUGAAACAGAUUAGAAACCGAAUUUUUAGUUUAUAUGUGAGAAGUACUAGAAGGAAAAAGUCUUUAAUGUAA